UUCGGAAUACUUAUCUUCUAAGUCUGAAAAUCGCGUGAAAGUCAGUCUAUCUAGAGAUCUAUUGUGUAGGAACAAAAAAAAAAUUGCUUAUUAGUUUGGGUUAGUGUGUUAAAUAGUGUUAUGGAUCCCCUUGGUGUGACAGAGGGCUUUGUGGACGCUAUUUCUAUACCAAGAUGGGGCUCGACUCCUGUCCCUGCUUAUGAGAACGUGACUCCGCCGGCCAAUGACAGAAGGACGCACAGUCCAUUUCCUGUGCGGCAAGACAUCAACAGCAAAGUAGCACUCUGGUCUGGUGAUAUCACUAAACUGAAUACCAUUGCAAUAGUUAACACAACAAAUGAAUCUUUAAGUAGCAAAGGAAUGUUAAGUGAAAGAAUCCAUCGGGCAGCAGGUCUAGAACUCUUGCAGGAAUGUAAAACACAGUUACUUGGGUGCAGGACUGGAGAAGCUAAAAUUUCAAAGGGUUAUGGUCUGCCAGCAAGAUUUGUUAUUCACACUGUGGGUCCACGAUACAACAUCAAAUACAAAACUGCGGCAGAGAGUGCUCUUUUCUCUUGUUACAGAAGUGUAAUGAAAAUAGUGAGAGAGAACAGGAUUGCCUCAGUUGGUCUCUGUGUGAUAAACACAUCCAGGAGAGGCUACCCCCCUGAGGAUGGUGCCCACAUAGCUUUACGAACUGUUAGACGAUUUCUGGAAAAGUUUUCUGAUAUUGAACUUGUUAUUUUUGCUGCUGAAAAUGCUGAUGAGGCCAUAUACAAGAAUGUCAUGCCUCUGUACUUCCCUAGAAGCAAAGAAGAGGAAGACUAUGUGUUGAAUAAACUUCCAGAUGACAUUGGGAAUGAAAAUGGUGAACCAGUGAUUGCUGAAAGACAAAUUAGAAUAAUGGAUAAACCACUUGGUCAAAGACACUCUGAUGAUGAUGCUGAUGUAGAAGAAGCAGAAGAAGCUGGUGCUAUUCACAUGUUGGACUCAGCUACUGUUGGCAAACAUUCCUUCUCAGCAAUGGCAGGAGAUCAUGAUCAACUAACAAGACAACGAUUACAAAGAUCACCCAGUGAACAACAUGCGAUUCAACAUGAGAGAGUGUAUCAGAGAUGGCUGCGACGAGCCAGGACAGAAGAUUUCUCAAGUCUCCUGAGGCUAAAGAUGGUCUACCAAUCAGGUGUGGAUUUUCUUGGCAGACCUGUUAUAGUAUUUGUUGGUCGACAUUUUCAAGCAAGAAGUGUAGACUUAAAUAAGGCUGUAGCUUACUUCAUCUCCGUAUUGGACAAGAUUGUCAACAGGGAUUAUGUUAUUGUGUACUUGCAUACACUGAGUUCAGAGGAAAAUCAGCCUCCAUUGUCAUUUUUGAAAGAUAUUUAUCAUUUGGUGGAUAACAAGUAUCGUCGUAAUCUUAAAGCCUUUUACAUAGUUCACCCUACUGUUUGGGUUAGAAUUGUUACGUGGUUUUUCACGACUUUCACCGCUUCCUCAAUCAAAGAUAAGGUUCACUUUUUGUCUGGAAUCCAGUACCUGUAUGACUGGAUUGAUCCUGAUCAAUUGGAAAUUCCGGCCUUCGUCUUAGAGUAUGACAUGAAGGAAAAUGGAAAUAAUUACCACACUCCAGCCAGUACGUACCGCACGGGAAGUCUGUAAGAGUCGUUGUUUAAAUUUAAGAUGAAACCGAUUCCGCCAAUAAAUUUAGACAGUUACUCAUCUUUUGGAAGACAUAUGGCGGUUAUUGCCUCCUCAGACAAUAAAUGCCAUAUCUAUUCCGGCAGUAAAAUGAUUCGGCUUACAAUUACUCUUCAGUCCGCAUCAUUCUCGGACCAUAUUCAAAUGAUUCUUGUAAUGCCUCGUUAAAAUUCAGCCACUUUUUCAAGUGGCAGUUUUAGAGAUAAGAGGAAUUCUUCUUUAAUUACUCAGAAAAACUUCGAUUAGUGUUAGAAUGAAUUAGAUAAGUCCUAUAAAUGCAUGAACAUUAAGGAACUGUUUUUAAUACAAACUAAUGAAGACGACUUGGAAGUAAGAUUGUAUCUCUAUUUUUCUGAGUUUGUUCCUCGGGGAAUUGUCGUCUUUUUUUAGCUCACGGAAUGAGGCUUUGAUAUCUACGAUUAGAACAAGGUAGAUAUGGACAAGAUGAUAUUUCUACAAACACAUAGGUGCUACAGGCAACCGAAUUUUGCCUUGAGAGAGAGAAGGACCAUAGCGAGUGCCACUUUUUCUUCAUUUAGAUUUAUAUUGUGUUUCAACUCGGGCUUUUUCUUCGAUUGAUCCACGAUAAUUAAUACUGUAAAUUACAAAUGUAGUUAGAUCAAGUCUAGAAGCGUCAAAAAUUUAUUGAAAUGAAUUGGGAGCAACAAACUGUACUUUUGAAUAUAUGAAAAGGAAUAAAGAUAUUUUUGGAAAUU